CAGCAGGUCGUAAAUUCAGUGAGCUAUAGACCAAGUAAAAGGUUUUGUAUCUUGUAGGUUAUUGGGUGUCGUGUAAAACCAGCAGCAUUUGGGUAACUUAAGGAUUUUCUUAUGCUUUUGUUUGUUUGUUAUUAUUUGUAUUGCAAACGUGUUAAAGUUUCCAGUUUGAAUCCUUCUCUGCCCAAAAAGUGCCAUGUCUACAGGGCUACAGAUGCUUGGGACCAUGCUGGGGGUUCUGGGCUGGCUGGGAACCAUCCUGGCAUGUGCUCUCCCACUAUGGCGUGUUACCGCUUUCAUUGGCAACAACAUUGUGACUGCGCAGGUUGUCUGGGAAGGAUUGUGGAUGACCUGUGUGGUCCAGAGCACCGGCCAAAUGCAGUGUAAGGUUUACGACUCGAUGCUCGCUCUAUCCUCAGACCUUCAAGCCUCUCGUGCCAUUCUGGUCAUUGUUCCAAUGGUGGGACUGGUGGCUAUACUUGCUAGUGUAGCUGGAGGCAAGUGCACAAAUUGCUUGGACCGAAGCCCUGCCAAGGCCAGGCUAGCUACAGCUGCUGGGAUUUUCUUCAUCGUGGCAGGGAUUCUCAGUCUCGUGCCACCCAGCUGGAUUGCCAACACUGUGAUCAGAGAUUUCUACAAUCCUUUGGUGGCUCAAUCACAAAAAUAUGAGCUUGGGGCAUCCAUUUUUAUAUGCUGGGGAGCUGCUGUGCUCAUGGUGAUUGGUGGUGGACUUCUGUGCACCUCUUGGCCCAGUGGUAAAGAGCAGCAUAUGGGAAACUAUAAACCGGCGUCUCAAACCAGUCGAGAGCGUUUUGCUUAUGUCUGAGUCUAAGGACUGAUUUGCUUUGUCUUUUUAAAUAAUUUGUCAUUUAUUUGUGUAAAUAAAAGUUUUAUUCUUCAUA